AUGGACCUCCGCACCGCCGUGUACAACGCCGCCCGCGACGGCAAGCUGCAGCUACUUCAGAAGCUGCUGAGCGGCCGGAGCCGGGAGGAGCUGGAGGAGCUGACGGGCGAGGUGGCCGGAGGGGGGACGCCGCUGCUCAUCGCCGCCCGCUAUGGCCACUUGGACGUGGUGGAGUACCUGGUGGACCGGUGCGGCGCGAGCGUUGAGGCCGGCGGCUCGGUGCACUUCGAUGGCGAGACCAUCGAGGGUGCGCCGCCGCUCUGGGCCGCCUCGGCCGCCGGCCACCUGGACGUGGUGCGCAGCCUGCUGCGCCGCGGGGCCUCGGUGAACCGCACCACGCGCACCAACUCCACGCCCUUGCGCGCCGCCUGCUUCGACGGGCACUUGGAGGUGGUGCGCUACUUGGUGGGCGAGCACCAGGCUGACCUGGAGGUGGCCAACCGGCACGGCCACACCUGUCUGAUGAUCUCAUGCUACAAGGGCCACCGCGAGAUCGCCCGCUACCUGCUGGAGCAGGGCGCCCAGGUGAACCGGCGCAGCGCCAAGGGCAACACGGCGCUCCACGAUUGCGCCGAGUCGGGCAGCCUGGAAAUCCUGCAGCUGCUGCUGGGCUGCCAUGCCCGCAUGGAGCGCGACGGCUACGGCAUGACGCCGCUGCUGGCCGCCAGCGUCACCGGCCACACCAACAUCGUGGAGUACCUCAUCCGGGAGCAGCCAGGCCCCACCGGCCCGCAGCCUCAGGGCGCCUGCGCGGAGCCGCCACCCGGAGAAGCCUGCGAGAGUUGCUGCCCCACGAGCCGGGAGGCGGCCGUGGAGGCGCUGGAGUUGCUGGGCGCCACCUAUGUGGAUAAGAAGCGGGAUCUGCUAGGCGCCCUGAAACACUGGAGGCGCGCCAUGGAGCUGCGGCAUCAAGGGGAUGAGUACCUGGCCAAGCCUGAGCCCCCGCAGCUGGUCCUGGCCUAUGACUAUUCCCGCGAGGUGAACACAGCCGAGGAGUUGGAAGCGCUCAUCACCGACCCGGAUGAGAUGCGCAUGCAAGCCCUGUUGAUCCGCGAGCGCAUCCUGGGCCCCUCGCACCCCGACACCUCUUACUACAUCCGCUACCGGGGUGCCGUGUACGCCGACUCCGGCAACUUCGAGCGCUGCAUCCGCCUGUGGAAGUAUGCCCUGGACAUGCAGCAGAACAACCUGGAACCCCUGAGCCCCAUGACCGCCAGCAGCUUCCUCUCCUUCGCCGAACUCUUCUCCUACGUGCUGCAGGACCGUGCCGCCAAGGGGAACCUGGGCACCCAGAUCGGCUUUGCAGACCUCAUGGGCGUGCUCAGCAAAGGGGUCCGGGAGGUGGAACGGGCGCUGCAGCUGCCCAAGGAGCCUGGCGACUCGGCGCAGUUCACCAAGGCCCUGGCCAUCAUCCUGCACCUGCUCUACCUGCUGGAGAAAGUGGAGUGCACCCCUGACCAGGAGCACCUCAAGCACCAGACGGUGUACCGGCUGCUCAAGUGCGCCCCCCGCGGCAAGAACGGCUUCACCCCGCUGCACAUGGCCGUGGACAAGGAUACCACGACCGUGGGCCGCUACCCGGUGGGCCGUUUUCCCUCCCUCCACGUGGUCAACGUGCUGCUGGGCUGCGGGGCCGACCCCGACAGCAGGGACUUUGACAACAACACACCGCUGCACAUCGCCGCCCAGAACAACUGCCCGGCCAUCAUGAACGCCCUCAUCGACGCAGGCGCCCACAUGGAUGCCACCAACGCCUUUAAGAAGACCGCCUACGAGCUGCUGGACGGGACACUCCUGGCCAAAAGCACCAUGCAGCCCUUCAACUACCUGACCCUCCAGUGCCUGGCUGCCCGCGCCCUGGACAGAAACAAAGUCCCCUACAAGGGCUUCAUCCCUCAGGAGCUUGAGGCCUUCAUUGAACUGCACUGA